UCAUCUCUCUUCACAAAGUCACACUCUCUACAUCCAUAGAAGAUUCCUGCUUGGAAAGAAUCGAAAACAAUAUUUUCAAAGGAUUAGUCAUAUAAAAUCUCACAAUCUUUUUGGUAUUUGCGAUACGCUCAUUGUUAUAUCAAAUAUAAAACCGGACUCUUAAGGACGCAGACGACGGAUAUGGAAGGCAUCAUGAACUUGAAGAGAAAGGAGAAGAAAUCACAAAGUAGAAGACUUGGGAAAUAUCUCAAAGAACAAAAGGGAAGGAUUUACAUCAUUAGAAGAUGUGUGAUGAUGCUCAUUUGUUCACGUGAUUGAUUGGUUUAAUAAAUACUACGA